AAGCCAGAGGAAAUUUAUCUAAACCCUAUCGCCGGCGAGCAGAUGUCUGACUUCGAAGAUCACGAGGGUAACGGCACGGCUGUUGACGGUUUCUACGCCGGCGAUAAUGGUGGCCGCGGCGGCGAAAUCGAGGAUCACACAGACUCGAAACCAAAGAGUGAAACGCGUGACAGUGAAAGAGAGCCUUCAAGAAGUAGAGAUAGAGAAAGAGAGAAGGGCCAUGAUAAGGACUCUGAACGAAGCAGAGACAGAGAUGGAGAUAAAAUCAAGGAGAGAAGUAGAGACAAAGACAGAGAUCGUGAGCGUCAUCACAGAAGUAGUCGUCACAGAGAUCAUAGCAGCAGGGAACGUAGUGAAAGAAGAGAACGUGGUAGUAGGGAUGACGAUGACUACCGCCGAAGCCGCGAUCGUGAUUAUGAUAGGCGUAGAGAUGAUCGAGGAGAUAGACGCCGUCGUCGGUCUCGUUCCCGAUCAAAGGAUAGAUCUGAACGCAGAACAAGGUCGCGUUCUCCAUCAAAAAGUAAGCGGGUCAGCGGAUUUGAUAUGGCACCUCCAGCCUCUGCAAUGUUAGCUGCUGGUACUGCUGUUACAGGCCAAGUUCUUCCCCCACCACCAGCUCUUCCAGGGGGUGCAAUGUUUCCCAACAUGUAUCAAUUACCGACUGGACAGCCAUUUGGGGGGAUCCCUAUGAUGCCAAUUCAGGCUAUGACACAGCAGGCUACUAGGCAUGCUCGCAGAGUGUAUGUCGGUGGGCUUUCCCCUACGGCGAAUGAACAGGGAGCUCCAGUGAAGGUGAGGAGACCUAGUGACUAUAACCCAUCUCUAGCUGCAUCUCUUGGUCCAAGCCAGCCCAGUCCCAAUCUAAACUUAGCUGCUGUUGGUCUGACUCCAGGUGCUUCUGGUGGGCUUGAGGGUCCAGACCGUAUUUUUGUUGGUGGGCUUCCAUAUUACUUCACCGAGGCACAAGUCAGGGAGUUGUUGGAGUCCUUUGGAGCCCUGAAGGGAUUUGAUCUUGUGAAAGAUCGAGAAACUGGGAACUCUAAAGGAUACGCCUUUUGUGUGUACCAAGAUCUCGCUGUUACAGAUAUCGCAUGCGCUGCCCUGAAUGGUAUCAAAAUGGGAGAUAAGACUCUCACUGUGAGACGUGCUAACCAGGGAACAAUGCAACCGAAACCUGAACAAGAGAGUGUAUUGUUGCAUGCACAGCAGCAGAUUGCUUUACAGAGGAUUAUGUUUCAGCCUCCGCCGGGCGCACCUGCCACAACAGUCGUAUGUCUGACUCAAGUUGUUACUGAGGAUGAGCUUAGAGACGACGAGGAGUAUGAGGAUAUAAUGGAAGACAUGAGACAAGAAGGCGGAAAGUUUGGUGCAUUGACCAACGUUGUGAUCCCGCGUCCCAGCACCAACGGUGAGCCAGUGCCAGGCCUUGGCAAGGUGUUCUUGAAGUAUGAGGAUACUGAUAGUUCGUCGAGGGCAAGAAGCGGGAUGAAUGGUAGGAAAUUUGGAGGGAACGAAGUGGUUGCUGUGUUUUACCCAGAAGACAAGUUUGAUCAGGGAGAUUAUGGAGCCUGA